UGUAGCAGCAUGUGUUUUGGUUGUUAAGCUGUAGAAGAUCCUCUGUCAGUGAGGGUUAGAGUCUGUUCGUUAAAUACUGUUCAUUAGAUAUUCUGUAAUACCAACAUGUCCUCGGCGGAGGUAGUUCUGGGUUUCCUGGAGGAUGCGGAGCCGUGGCGGCUUCGGUCUCCUCAGUUCCCGAGUAAAGUCGGAGGGAAGCCGGCGUGGCUCAGCCGGAGAGGCCUGCCCUCUUUGCCCGAACUGGAGUGUGAGAUAUGCCGUCUUCCUAUGGUUUUCCUGCUGCAGGUGUAUGCACCAAUAUCCGGUCAGGACAGAAGUUUUCACCGAACGCUCUUUUUCUUCUGCUGCAAAACUCCAGAGUGCUACACGCGAAACGAAAGCCGCUGCAUGAAAGUUUUCAGAAACCAGUUACCGAGGAGGAACGAGUUCUACCCCUACGACCCGCCACCAGAGGAUGAACCACCCUGUGAUGCUGAGGAGGGCCAGAGUGUGUUGCCCGUUUCGGGAGUUAAACUGUGUUGGGUGUGCGGAUGCCCCGGUAACAAAGCCUGCGCUCGGUGCCACACUGUGACCUACUGUGGAAAACACCACCAGACCCUCCACUGGAAACAAUCUCACAAGAAAGAGUGUGGCAGCCAAGAAGGGUUUCCUGUUACACCCUCCCUGCUCCUCUUUCCUGAGACUGAGCUGGUCACUGAGCCGGAGGAGGAGGAGGAGAAAGAUGUCAAAGAGGCUGAAGGAGAACAAGAAGUAGAGGACGGUGGAGGGAUCAGUACUCAGAGGAGUGUGGAUUGUCCCUCCUUGGCAGAAUCCCUGGCAGAGAGCGACCUGGAGGAGAUGGCAAUGCACGAGACUGAAGACAGUAAAGUGUUCCAGAGGUUUAAGAAGAAGAUCGCACCUGAACCUCACCAGGUGAUACGUUACAGUCGAGGGGGCUCUCCCUUGUGGGUCUCCUCUCAGCACGUCCCUUCAGAUGAGGAUAUCCCAUCAUGCAUCUGUGGUGCCAAGAGGACGUUUGAGUUCCAGGUGAUGCCGCAGCUGUUAAACAAUCUAAGCGUGGACUCGACUGGAGCUAGCAUCGACUGGGGGACUGUGGCUGUCUACACGUGCUCUGCCAGCUGUGAACGCAGCGACCAGUACUGCCCCGAGGUCAUCUGGAAGCAGGACUUCAGCUCAGAGCAACACACGCAGACUGAACAAAGAUGAUGGGCUUCCUUUGUUUCAUGCAUAGCAGGAAAAGCACAGGUGGUGCUGAUUUCAUUCAUAUGUUUAGGCGACUCCGUUUCAGUGUGUUCGUUCACCCACGUGGCUUGGUGGGACACCUGAUGUUGACAUAUCCAAAUGUUUCACCUGAACUUGUCAUUCAGUCAAACAGCUGCGUGGUGCUGCAGGUAAGAGCUGACUUAUUAUGCUGACUGAGCUAGUCACAUGGGAGUAAUGCUGCCUCUCCCCAUUAAAUGGGCUGGACAUUUAACUAAUCAUGAACUGUGCAAAUAUAAACAUCAGUGUAAAAUGCCAUCUCCAAAUGUAUAAAGUUAUAAUACAAAAAGACGUGUGUGUUGCAUCAUUAAAAACAAAUUUAGCAAAACAAUGUUUAGAGAAACA